GAGGAGGUUCGGCGGAAAGGCGACGACCACCAGCCCGCUGAGCGACCUCUUAUCCUUUCGACAUCUCCACUCCUUCACACCCCCAAAACACCACAACCGCUAAAAUGGCCGCACGAAGCACAGCCCUCAAGAUCGACUGGGCGCAGGUCACGACGUCGCUCGGCCUGCGCGGGCAGACGGUGGCGGCGCUGCACGCCUUCAAGAAGCGCAACGACGACGUGCGGCGCAAGGUGCAGCAGCUGUCGGAGCAGCCGACCACGGUCGACUUUGCGUCGUACCGCGCCGUGCUCAAGAACCGCGCCGUCGUGGACGAGAUCGAGAAGCGCUUCGCGGCCUUCAAGCCGGCCGCCUACGACGUCUCGCGCCAGCUGAAGGCGAUCGACGCCUUCGAGGUCGAGGCCGUCAAGAACGCAGAGGCCACAAAGACCCAGGUCGACCUCGAGCUCAAGGACCUGCAGGCCACGCUCAAGAACAUUGAGGAGGCCAGGCCGUUUGACGAGCUCACCGUCGAAGAGGUCGCCACCGCCGAGCCCUCCAUCGACGAAAAGACCUCCAAGCUGGUCUCCAAGGGCCGCUGGACCGUUCCCGGAUACAAGGAGAAAUUCGGCGACCUGUCGGUGCUAUAAGCAACCCGACCUCGCUCUUCUUCCCCUUGUGUACGCUAGCAUUGUAGAUAGGCGAAUCGAAUCCGGCCAGCCCGUUGUAGAAGGUGCAACCAUUCACGUUCUGAUCUGGCGCCUGUGCAUUGGGGAGAAGAUGGCAGCGUUAUGACCUAACCUAACCUAACCAAUCAUAACCUAGAAAAAAGUGCGUGCAGAACGUGCGGGUAUUAUUCAUGCCUUCCG